AUGUUGUGCUACAACAAAGGUUGCGGGCAGACAUUCGAUGCGGACAACAAUAAGGACGAUUCCUGCCUCUUCCAUCCCGGAAUCCCCAUCUUCCACGAUGCCCUGAAGGGUUGGUCAUGUUGCCGCAAGAGGACGACAGACUUCUCGGAAUUUCUCUCCAUCAAGGGAUGCACCCGCGGACGCCACAGCAACGAAAAACCGCGCGAACCCCUCUUGCCUGAGGUGUCGUCCGACAAAGCCGGUGACAAAAGAGACCGCACUAACGGCCCCGACAUCAUCUACCGAGGACCCAAAUCUUCUGAGAAGCUGCGGAGAGAAAGACCGAGCUCGGAUGAACCCAAGACCAAAUUGCCCCUUAAAGUGGCGGCAACUCUGAUGAAGGAACUGGAGAAACUGGACAUAAGUGAGAGAGCUGAAAAAGAGAAGAAAGAGAGCCAAGGGGUGGUCCAAGGUACGCGAUGCAAGAAUUCCGGAUGCAAAACGGUUUAUCAGGGUCCAGAAACUGACCUGGAGGUCUGCACGCACCACCCUGGCGGGCCGGUCUUCCACGAGGGGUACAAAUACUGGAGCUGCUGCUGUAUCAGGACCAUGGACUUCAACGCCUUCCUAGACCAGAAAGGCUGCACUGGAGGAAAACACCGCUGGAUCCCUAAGCAGGAUAAGAAGAAAGUGGCGUGUCGACACGACUGGCACCAGACUGCGAACUGCGUGGUGGUGACAAUCUACGCGAAGAACGCAGACGCAAAGUUCAGCUGCGUGGAGGCCAAUGGAACGACGUUGUCCUGUCACAUCCAGUUUGAGAGCGACAAGAUUUUCAAGAGAGACUUCCAUCUAUGGGGGGUCAUCAGCGUCCAAGAUAGCGUGGUCAACAUGGUCCCGUCGAAAGUGGAGAUCACCCUCCGCAAAGCCGACCAGGUGUCCUGGGGUAAGCUAGAGGACCCUAACUAUAAGCCCGAGCCGGAACCAGCAGAGGACGAGACCGAGGACGACUCGGAGUUGCGACGUCCCGACUGGGACAUCGACGAUGACGACAUCAGCGAUUCGGACGAAGAGUGGGCCUAUGACACGGCGCCGCAGAAGACCCAAGCCAAGGCGGACCCGGACGUGGAAAACCUCCACAAGAGGAAAGAAGUGGAGCAGGAGAUGAGAAAAGCUGUGGAGGACAAGAGGCAGGCUGAGGAAGAGAAGGAGAAGCUGAGAAGGCAGCAAGAAGAGGAGGGCUAUGAAGAAAUGCCAGAACUGGAGUAA